AUGGCUGCGAACAAAGUAAUAGUUUACGGCGGAAGAGGCGCGCUGGGCUCCAAAUGUGUUCAGCAUUUCAAAGCCAAAGGAUGGUGGGUCGCCAAUAUUGACUUGGGCGCAAACGAGGAAGCUAAUGAGAACGUCAUUGUCAAGUUGACAGACUCCUUCUGCGAGCAGGCUGGUCAGGUCACUGCAGACGUUGCCCAACUGCUUGGAGAGCAGAAGGUGGAUGCCAUUUUAUGUGUUGCCGGCGGAUGGGCGGGAGGAAACUGCAGUUCCAAAGACUUGUAUAAGAACACUGACCUGAUGUGGAAACAGAGUGUGUGGACCUCCACCAUCUCCAGCCACCUGGCAGCCUUGCACCUGAAGCCCGGAGGUCUGUUGACUCUGGCGGGGGCCAAAGCCGCUCUGUCAGGGACCGGAGGCAUGAUGGGAUACGGAAUGGCCAAGGCUGCCGUGCACCAGUUAUGUCAGAGUCUGGCCGGCAAAAACAGCGGGAUGCCUUCUGGGGCUGCCGCGGUUGCCAUCUUGCCGGUUACCUUGGAUACGCCCAUGAACAGGAAGUUCAUGCCAGAUGCCGAUUUUGGCACAUGGACCCCUCUGGAGUAUGUCGCAGAAACGUUCUUCAAGUGGGCAACGGGUGCUGACAGGCCGGUGUCGGGCAGCCUGAUGCAGCUACUCACCUCCGGCGGGGAAACUCGUGCCGUGGCAGCGCCCUAG